CCCCAGUGUCCGCAGACCUCAGCAAUGUCGACAUAAUUACCACCGCGAGAAUAACCACCAUGGCCGAACACGAACCCGAACCCUCUUCUCCACCCGCUGCUGUCGCGGACCACGAAAAACACAAUGAGGGGAACACGGUGAGCAGUCCCCCGCAGGACGACUGCUCACCAUCACCACCACCACCGCCGGUAUCGUCAAUAACCGGCGCUCGAUGUCACCAGCUGCUGGCAGCUCUCAAGGCGACAGACCGGACAGUCGACCGGUUCGAUAGACUCAUAUCCACCGCCGCGGGCCAGGAACGAGUCCUCGCAGUAACAGGCUAUCUCGCACACACACUACAUCACAUUCUCACAUCGGCGCCAUGGAUCGCAUUCCAAGCGCGUCUCAGCCUGCUCGCUCGUCUACGAAACAACCCUAAACCUCCCGCAAAUACCACUACCACAUCCUCCUCCAAACCACCCCUCCUCGCUCUCUCCUCCCUCAUGUCCGAAACCCGCUUCACCCUCCGCCUCCUCGGCCUCUUCCCCCUCUGGACAUGGGGCUCUCACACCCUGAAACACCCACCGGCAGAUAAACCCCUCUACAUCCUGACGUUGCUGCAGGUGUUCGUCAACGUCAUCUACCAGGCGCUCGAGAACGUGGGAUAUCUUGCGCAGAAGGGGAUCGUGUCGAAGCGGUUUGUGGAUCGGUGGGGUGGGAUUGAUAAGUGGUAUAUUUGGAGUACGAGGGCGUGGUUUGGACAUAUUUUCUUUCAGUUUUUUGUGCUUUGGAGGGGGACUGUGUUGAGGAGGAGGAAACAGAUGGAGGAGGAGGGGGAGGUUGGGGUUGAGGGUGUUAAGGGGAAGGAGGAGAAGAGGAAGGCGCUGAGGAAGGAGAUUCGGGCGUGGAGGAAGAGUCUCGUUAAUAAUGUUUGUUGGGCGCCGUUGUGUCUUCAUUGGUGCUUUGAGAAGGGCAUUGGGUUCCCCGAGCAUUUGACCGGGUUGGUUAGUUUUAUGGCGGGGGCUUGGGAGGUUUGGGAUUCUUGGGUGGCUACGGGGUUGUAG